AUGGCGGAUCUUACAACAAAAGAAAUACAGGAAAAUCUCGAUAUAUUAUGGCUGUUAAUCGGAGCGUAUCUUGUAUUUUUUAUGCAGUGUGGCUUUGCCCUGCUUGAAGCCGGUUCUGUUCGAGCAAAGAACACGAAGAAUAUUUUGCUAAAAAAUGUUCUCGACGCUUGUUUGGGUGCCUUUAUAUGGUGGUUUAUGGGAUUUCCUAUCGCUCUGGGGGACUCUUCUGGCAAAUUCGCCGGGGGAAAGGAUUUUUUUAUGAUGGACUUGACGAAAGAAUUAACUAAUAAUCCCACCUAUUUUGCCACUUGGAUGUUUCAAUGGGCUUUUGCCGCGACCGCUGCUACAAUCGUAUCGGGAGCUGUUGCCGAGAGAUGCAAAUUUGUGGCAUACCUAGUGUAUACAACAGCUUUAACAGCUUUUAUAUAUCCUGUUGUAGUUCAUUGGGCUUGGUCAUCGGAAGGUUGGCUUUCUGCAUGGGUAAGUGAAGAUGAAAAACCCUUCCUGAAGGCCAACGGGUUCAUGGAUUUCGCCGGAUCUGGAGUUGUUCACAUGACAGGUGGUGCGGCAGCACUCAUGGGAUCAAUUUUUCUAGGUCCAAGAACCGGCCGCUUCACGCCAGCCGGAUCUGUUGUUGAUAUGCCAGGUCACUCGACGGUCCUGGCAGCCUUGGGUACUUUUAUUCUUUGGUUUGGAUGGUAUGGAUUCAACCCUGUGAGUACUCUCGCAUUUGAGUACAUGGGUGACGCAGCUCGAGUCGCAGUUACGACUACGCUUGCUGCCGCAACAGGGGGAUGCACAACUCUAGCAAUCCACGUUGCCUUAAAGAAUCCGCCAGACGUCUUCCCAGCUUUAAAUGGAAUCCUCGCUGGUCUUGUUUCUAUUACGGGACCAUGUCCUGUUGUUGAACCAUGGGCUGCUGCUUUCAUUGGGUUUGUGGGAGGAUUUGUAUACUACGGAUCGAGCACGCUACUUAAGAAGUUGCAGAUUGAUGACCCCCUUGACGCAGCUCCCGUGCAUUUCUUCUGCGGUAUUUGGGGCGUUCUCUCAGUAGGUCUAUUCGCUGAAAAGUCUUACACAAAGAGUGUAUAUGGAAAAGAUGAGGAUUCCUAUGGUGCAUUCAUGGGUGGUGGUGGAAAGCAACUCGGAAACCAAAUCAUCGGUGUACUUGCAAUUAUAGGUUGGGUAUGUUUCACGUGCUCUAUCGUUUUCGGAAGCUUGAAGGCACUUAAGUUAUUGCGCGUUAGUGCGGAAGAUGAAGAAGUCGGUCUGGAUUCUUCGCAUCACGGUGGCGACGCAUAUAAUUUUGAAGCUGGGCGAGGUAAGACUGUUUCGUAA